AUGAACGAUCAGGAAGAUAACGCCGAAAGCGAGAUUCUUCGGCGUCAGAUACAGACCUCACACUUCGAAGCUUCGCCAUUUGAGGUGUUCCGGUACUAUACUGCCAUCGAUUUCACCAUUGUUAGCAUAAGUGCAUUCGCCGCCUUGCUUGCUGGAUCUACGCGUAUCUUACCAAGUAUUGUGUUCAGUCAACUUGCCGAUACAUUUUCUCAAAUUGAAAAUGGCACAUUCGAGGAAAAGUCGGCAAGCAAAACGAUUCAAGUCAAGGCACUGUACUUCGUUUACAUCGCAAUUGGCGCUUUUGUUUGUCAAUUUCUCUCCCGGUUUGGAUUCAUCUUCACCGGCGAGCGGGUUACCCAUCGAAUCCAGAAUGCUUAUCUGGAGUCAGUCUUGCGGCAGAAUAUGGCAUUCUUUGAUGACAGGGGCUCGGGAGAGCUCGCCAUGCAGCUAACAGCUGAUACCGAGAAGAUGCAACAGGCACUCUCCGAGAAGUUGGCGAUGAUGAUUAGCGCUCUUGGGACACUCGCUGCCACUUUGAUUCUCAGCUUCGUCUUGUACUGGAAGUUGACACUGAUCCUCCUCUGGUCACUCGUCUUCGGCGCGCUCAUCUACUUUGCCGGUAAAAGAGUGGGGAAGAAAUUCACUGCAGACGGACGCAGUGCGGAAUCCGCUGGAAAUUCCAUGGCCGAAGAAGCAAUUAGCGCCAUUCGAACAACCGCUUCCCUCGGGCUCGAAGACUUGAUCUCGGAGCGAUUCCACAAAUACCUGGACCUCAUGUCCAAGAAUGGACUAUUCAUGAAAAGCUUUACGGGCCUGCUCCUUGGCUGUGCCGUUGGUGCUGGAUACAUUAAUUUUGCAUUGGCUUUCUGGCAAGGCACUCGAUUUUUUGUCUCAAAGGAAGCGUCCUUUAUAGAUGUUGUGACUAUCGCCCUGGCCACCAAAACGGCAACUUUCUCCAUUUUAGGGGUCAGUGGGAAUGUGGACGCGUUCGUAUCCGCCAUUGCUGUAUCCCGCCAGCUUUUCUCUGUUAUUCAUCGCACAUCGCCUAUUGACUCCGCUUCGGCCACUGGUCUCACUCUUGACAAUGUAAAGGGUGAAAUAGAGUUUCGGAACGUCAAGCACAUUUACCCUGCUCGUCCUGAAAAGGCUAUAUUCAACGACUUGAACAUCCGUAUCGAGGCCGGGCAAACUGUUGGCAUCGUCGGUCUUUCUGGCUCUGGAAAGAGCACCAUAGUCCAUCUUUUGGAAAGAUUCUAUGAAAUAGCACAAGGUUGGAUUUUGCUUGACGGGCAGGACAUCAAGUCGCUGAACGUAGCAUGGUUACGAAGUCAGAUAUGUCUUGUUGAUCAGGAGCCUUUCCUGUUUGAUGGCUCUAUCAAGAACAACAUCCUAGAUGGUCUGCCUAGGACCACUCUACAGCAGAUAAGCAACGAGGAUAAGAAUGAUCUGGUUGAGACUGCGGCAAAAGCUGCUUGUGCUCACGAUUUUAUCAUGAGGCUUCCACUGGGCUACGACAACUGGGUGGGAACGAAUGGUUUGAGUCUUUCCGGAGGGCAGAAACAAAGAAUUGCAAUUGCGCGCGCUUUGAUUUCUACGGCGAAAAUUUUGAUUUUGGACGAGGCAACGGCGGCGUUGGAUACAGAGACUGAACGAAGUAUCCAGCAGGAGCUGAAGAAGCAAAAAAUCAACCGCUCACAGCACCGCACGACUCUUAUCAUCACUCAUCGGCUCUCCACUGUCGAAGAAGUGGACAAUAUCCUCGUUUUCAUGGAAGGCAAAGUCAUUGAGCAGGGUACCCAUUCAUCUCUGAUGACCGCUAAGGGCUCAUACUACCAUCUGGUUGAAAUGCAAAAGUCUGAAAGCGCUUCUGCGAGCCCAAAAGAAAAACAGAUUGCUUGGACUGAGAAGGAGAGUGAUAAUAUCGAGGACAGAUCAACUAAGAUUUUGGAUCAAAAGAUUCAGGAAGAUUCUCCCUCCAAGGAGGGUGAAAAGUCUCUGGAUUCGCGGGUCUCGCGGCUGAGAUUCAUUGCUUCCCUCAGCAGGCGGGAAUUCCCUGUGAUAUUGGGUGGCAUAGUUUCUUCUCUGAUCGCGGGCUGCGAGGAGCCUGUUGCUGCCAUUCUAUUUGGUGAAUGCGUGGAAAUUCUUUCAAGAGGGAUAAAGACAGGAGAUGAUGACACGCAAUCGAAGGUCAACUUCUGGUCCUUGAUGUUCCUUGUUUUGGCUCUGGUUCAAUGCUUUGCAUUUUGCCUACAAGGGGCCGCAUUUGCAUACUGUUCCGAGAAACUUUUACACACUGCUCGAUAUCGAGUUCUCCGUGCCAUCCUCAAGCAGAAUAUUGCGUUCUUCGACAGCAAAGAUCAUUCUGCGGGCAGCUUGAUCUCAUUCCUUGCGACCGAGACCACCCACCUGGCCGGAAUCAGCGGGGCCACAUUCGGAACGGUCUUAAUAUCUCUGUCCACACUCGUUGCUGCUUUGAUUGUGAGUUGCAUAUACGGCUGGAAACUCGCCCUGGUUUGUGCAUCUUUGGUUCCAGUCAUUUUUGCCGGUGGCUUCUACGGAGUCAGAAUCGCGGGGAGUCAUCAGGCGAAGACUGCACAUCUCUUUAGCUCUGCGUCAAGCUUUGCGAACAACAGCUUGUCCGGAAUACGCACAGUUACAGCCCUCAAUCGACAGAAGCAAAUUCUUUCCACAUUUGGUACCUACCACCGCGAUGCACAAGAGAAAAGCCUUGGAAUGAACACAACCACCUCCCUCUUCUUUGCCUUGUCGCAAUCUGUACUGUACUGUUGCAUGGCCCUCGGGUGCUGGUAUGGAGGAACGUUGAUCACAUCACGAGAUUACACUCUUUUCCAGUUCACAGUGGUCUAUUCCACUGUUCUUUUAAGUUCUCUUUCCGCCGGCAUCGUCUUCUCAUACGCCCCUGACUUUGGACGGGCUUUUCAAGCAGCCUCCAAGUUGCAGGAUUUACUUGAAAAACAAUCUACAAUCGACUACACUUCAAAUGAUGGGUUGCGCUUGGUUGAUCCUCGCGGUGAGAUUGAGUUUCAGAAUGUCUCUUUUUCCUAUCCGAGCUCGCCCGAAAAAGAGAUUCUUUCGAACUUCUCGUUAAAGAUUCCCUCACAACAGCAUAUCGCCUUUGUUGGUGAAACUGGCUGCGGAAAGACGACAAUUUUUUCAUUGCUGGAGCGUUUCUACGACACUGAUUCUGGGCAAAUUUUGAUUGAUGGAGUUCCAAUAAAGGACUUGAAUGUCCGAGACUACAGAAGAUUAAUAGGCUUGGUCACCCAGGAACCGGUCUUGUUCAGCGGCACCAUACAAGAAAACUUACUAUGUGGUCAGGAUGACGUUCCGGAUGGGGUGCUUGAGAAAGUUUGUCGAGAGGCCAAUAUCUACGACUUCAUUCAAUCAUUACCUUCGGGCUUCUCCACGGUCGUCGGUACGCGCGGGGUGAUGCUCAGUGGUGGCCAAAAGCAGCGUUUGGCCCUUGCACGAGCCUUGAUUCGCAACCCAAGAAUUCUCUUGCUUGAUGAAGCUACGUCGGCCGUUGAUGCCCAGUCCGAAAUGCUUAUCAAGAACGCCAUUGAUGUAGCCGUUGCGGGACGAACUACGAUCACCAUCACGCACCGCCUGUCGACCAUCAGGAAUGCCGACAAGAUCUGCGUGCUCGAGCGUGGAAAGAUCAUUGAAGCCGGCACUCACGUUGAAUUGAUCGAAAAGAGAGGCCGGUAUUGGAAAUUUCAUGAAAAUACAAACUAAGUCGCCGGCCAUCAUGGCGGUGGCAUAGAGCAGCGCCAGAAGGAAAGUGCCACAAGAGGGCAAUUACUACAGCCUUAACAAUACAAAAUUCAGGAGGAAUGCAUGGAGGUAAUUGUUUCGAAAUUAAAAGGAGACAUAUCCCUCGCAUUGCAAUGAACUAGGAUUGAGUGUGGACGUUUAUAGAGAUACCUACGGUUUUGAAAGAAUCAAUGAACGAUCAAGAUAUGAAA